AUGGAAUUUUUUUUUUUUUCUUUCAGAUUCUUUUUAACGGUUUCUCACUUCAGUCACUCUUUCCCUACCCCUCUCUUCUUUUAUAUUCUUUCCAAAGAUAUACACUGGCAGAAACCAAUUAAUGCAACAAUUCUGUCAGGGAGCCCUCAGGUGGUAUUCUCAAGGCAUUUUCCCCACAAGUCUUUUCUUAUUCUUCUACAUCCAUUUCUUCAUCCACAUAUUUUUUUUUUUUUUAUUCGAUUUUUUUCAUUUUUCUUCUUUCUUACAUUCACCAUUUUUUAUGUUUCCUUGUUAUUUUGUUUUAUUCUAUUUUUCUUUAUACUUUUUUUCUUUAUUCUCAUCCUUUUUGUCACCAUUUUCUUUCUUUUCAUCAUUCAGCCAUUUACUUUCAAUAUUUUUCUUCAUUCCACCCUUUAUUCUUCAAUCUUCACUAUUUUUCUUCGCUCAUCCCUUUUUUCUUCAAUAUUUUUCUUCAUUCCACCUUUUUUCUUUCAUUAUUAUUUUUUUGUUCAGCCUUUUUCUUUCAUUCCACCCUUUUCCUUUCAGUAUUAUUUUUUUGUUCAGACCUUUUUCCUUCAUUCCACUUUCUUUCAUUACUAUUUUUUUGUUCAGCCCUUUUUCCUUCAAUAUUUUUCUUCAGCCUUUUUCUUUCAUUCCACCCUUUUUCUUUCAUUAUUAUUUUUUUGUUCAGACCUUUUCCCUUCAUUCCACCCUUUUUCUUUCAUUACUAUUUUUUUGUUCAGCCCUUUUUCCUUCAAUAUUUUUCUUCAUUCCACCUUUUUUCUUUCAUUAUUAUUUUUCGUUCAGACCUUUUUCCUUCAUUCCACUUUCUUUCAUUAUUAUUUUUUUGUUCAGACCUUUUCCCUUCAUUCCACCCUUUUUCUUUCAAUACUAUUUUUUUGUUCAGCCCUUUUUCCUUCAAUAUUUUUCUUCAUUCCACCUUUUUUCUUUCAUUAUUAUUUUUCGUUCAGACCUUUUUCCUUCAUUCCACUUUCUUUCAUUAUUAUUUUUUUUGUUCAGACCUUUUCCCUUCAUUCCACCCUUUUUCUUUCAUUACUAUUUUUUUGUUCAGCCCUUUUUCCUUCAAUAUUUUUCUUCAGUCUACCCUUUUUUUUUCCUUUUAAUUUUCCUCCUAUUUUAAUUUUUCAUUCCUCUUUUUCCAUCAAUAUUUUUUUCAUUCUUUUUCUUUCAGUAUUUUUUUUUCCAUCAAUAUUUUUCUUUAUUCCACCUUUUUCUUUCAGUAUUUUUGUUCAGCCUUUUUUCCUUCAAUAUUGUUUUCAUUCUACCCUUUUUUCUUUUAAUAUUUUUUCUCUUCUCCGCUUCCUAUAUUUUUCUUCGCUCAUCCCUUUUUCUUCAAUAUACUUUUUUUCCUUCAGUAUUUUUAUUCUCUUUAUCUUCCAACAUUUCUUCUCAUUUUUCCUUUAA